UGCCUAUUAAUAUGGGCUCAGAUUUCCCUCCACAGACCCAGCAACGCCAAAUUGCGGUGUCCACUUGAUGCACGGCGGUUUCAAUGCGCUCGCUCCGCUUAUACUGAGUCGCUGCUCACCACGUAGGCCAGGAAUAAGCAUCGUCCGUCUUGGCCGAGGUGGCUACCAUGACAGCCCAGGAGACGUAUGCUCCGCCGUCUCGGCCGUCCCUGCUUAAGAGUAUCGACUUCUCUCGAUUUCAUGUGGAUAUCGAUGCCUUCUUGAACCCAUUUCUUCCGCCUCCGCCUUGGCGGUAUAUGCCUCGGCCAGUUUCGCGCUUCUUUGGAUACCGAGAAAAAGCUCCAAAACCGCUCGGGAAUCUGGUCGUGGCCUUCUGGACCUUGAUAGGGGUGUUCUGCGGUGUGCUCGUCGUCGCGGAGGCUUCGAUGCAUGUUCCGCUCUUCGAGCACCACAAUGCCCCGAUCAUCGUAGCCAGUUUUGGCGCUGCCGCAGUACUGGAGUUUUCAGCCAUCGAGUCGCCCUUUGCUCAGCCACGAAACGCUGUCAUCAGCCAGGUCAUUGCGAGCACUGUGGGCAUAGGGAUCUCCAAGCUUUGGGCCUUAAAUGCUCAUGCAGAAUCCUUGCCCCAAGUCGGUGGCGCUUUGGCCUGUGCUCUCACCACGUGUAUCAUGGUCCUCACGAAUACCGUGCACCCACCUGCCGGAGCAACCGCGCUGUUGUCGGUCACACAAUCGGCCGAUGUGGGCUGGGCCAUGAUUCUUGUGAUGCUCCUGGGAAGUAUCCUAAUGCAGACGGUGGCACUCUUGAUCAAUAACAUCCAGCGUCGGUUUCCAAUCUACUGGUGGACUCCGGUAUCUCUGGCGCGCCCCAAGCAGAGUGACACGGAAAGCGGGGAUAGCAUCCGAGCCAGCUUUGAGACGGCCACCACGCAGGAUGUUUUUUCUGGUGAUCCGAGGCAGGUCCUCAUUGAAUCGGGCAAGAUCAUUUUGCCGAACCAGUUCUCGAUCUCGGAAGCGGAGAUGAAGCUCUUGCGGAGCAUUAGCGAACGAUUACCCUAGACGGCAUAGAGCAUGGUGGCUCAUUAUAGAAGCCCUUUUUCUGCCUGUACAUAGUGAAUUUCGACUGC